AUGGAGCAAGAUCUAUCCAAUCCGUCAUCUGAAGCUGUCUCACCUCACUUCCCUCCUCCAAAGAGGACCCUGCCUCCGCCAGAGGGCCAGCCCAACAGAAAGAAACCAGUGCUCAUGCAGCGUCCACAGAGUUCUGGUAUUAAUUUGACAAGCUUCUCAUUCGCUAGACCAGAAAGCCAGCCCAAGAGAUUCACGCUGAAGCCGAUUCCUCGAUUGGAUCCUCAUGGGAAGCAUGACCGUGAGGAAAGGAGUGCUGUGGAUUCGCAGGACAAAGAAGGUCCGUCCAAGUCAAUUACCGAGCCGGGACAGCAGAGUCUUGAGCAAUACCUGGCAGAACGAACUCCAUGUCCACAGCCCAAAGAUCACACGGAGGCUGCAAAGAUCUCUCAAAAGGAUUCAACUCCACCGAGUACUGAAAUUACGAGCACCGAUAGCCCGCAGAAUGCGCAAUCAGCAAAGGGACAGGUCGUCAUUAACCUGGAACUCGAGAGUGAUACUGCCCUGGCCACACGGGCGAUUCAUAACAGCCGGAUUCGGGCCACUGCUUCCCAAGCCACCACAUCACGCUCUGCUCAAAAUCAGGUCCGAAAAGCAUCAGCAACUCAGAACACUACCUUGCCACGAGGCACCGCACGAUCUAAGGAUUACCUCCGAGUCUCUAAGCCUUGCCGCGAGAACCGCAAGUCUGCUCUCACCCGACAGCAAAGAUCAAUUUCUAGCAACAAAUCUGGUUUUCAUCAGUUCACUGAAGAUUCCUUGUUCGAAAUGCUCAUUGGCAGGAUCAGACAGCGCGAGGAGAAUGAGAUUGUAGCUGCCAACGUCCAACGCCAAGUUGAAGCACAAAAUUUGGAGCUGAAAGAGGAAAAUCAAGAUCUUCACCAACAACUUGACGCGGGUCAUAUGCAGCUGCAGAAAAAAGACUCAGAAAUUAAAAAGCAUCAAGCCCGCCUGGAAGACUGGAAGGUCAAGAUCCGAAAGUUUAAACAGGUUGUUGAUGAAUUGGGGCAUGAUUAUGAUGCCCUCAAAGAAGAUAACGAGCGGUUGAUGACCACUGCCGCGAGUUUGGAAAAAGAGAAGAGCACCCUCUUUCAAGCCAUUGACGAUGCCAAGCUCCAGAUUGCCCAAGCGGAGGGGGCAACAGACGAGCUGCGAAAGGAGAACUCUGAGAGAGAACAACGAAUUGCGCUGCUACAGCUGGCUUUGACCACUGCGCAAGACCAAGAAGAGGGCAUUAAAGCAGAGCUGAUUAGCGAAAGGAAUCGCAGUGCCACCCUGGAAUCUUACAUCCAGAACCACGCGCUGACCCAAGCAAAGCAGCUUGGUCUGAUCAGGGAUGAUCAGGCAAAGCUCAUGCAAGAUCUAAAUACGGGGUUGACUUCGAUUGCCUCCAAUGCAGCCACUUUCAGAACUGAUAUUCUGUCAGAAGUCAAAGCAGCUCUGGAUCAGUGUGGUUCUUCCAUCCAGACCUUGAGUGAAAAGUGCUCCAACGAAAAGCUGGAGAUCCAAGGGUUUACGGCUGGUACUCGAGAUGCGGUCUCCCAAAUCGAGAACCUGGCAGCAAGGCUCACAGGGAGCGUCGAGACUAGCAACAGGGUCAAUCUCGGCGUCGCUAAGACCAUUGAAGACAGCUUACACUCUAUCGAGACUCAUCUUGGCCCCAAUUCCACGCUUUCUCAGCAGCUUUCUGAGUGUGACACCUCGUACGGGUGGCUGAAAGACAAACUCGGAGCUAUUGGGCCAACACUGGCCAAUCUCGGUGCCUCUUCAGAGGCCAUGUUGACUUCUGGGAGCAACCUUGUUCGACAAUUUGGGGACUUUGGCAAGAUUUUAGAGGAGGCGCAAAUUCCGAAAGGCAAUCCGAUUUUAGACAGAGAAUUGGCAGAAAAGUUCGCUGAAAAUACGCAGCUCCAACUCGGACUCCAGAAAUUGUCCUCGGAAGUUGACCGUCUGGAGCAGCUGGCAAGCGAAAAGGACGCAAGGAUUGCACAUCUGCAACGAUCUCUGUCAGACGCAAAUCAAAAGCACAAAGCCUCUGAGGAUCGAAAUCAAGCAUCAGAAAUCGAGAAGAUAGCCCUGAAAGGGGAAAUGGAGUUAAGGGAUCAGAGAAUCCGUCACGAAUUGGCCACCGAGCAUGGCACCUCCCAAACCAAGAUGAAGGCCCAUUACGAACAACAGUUGCAUGCUCUACAAGCAGAGAAAAAUGAAUUUGAAAAGGAUGCUGAAAUCGUAAUGGCUCAGUUGAGCGGUGUUCAGGAUGCUUUGGUUGAGGCAAAGCGAUUAGUUGAUGAUCAGAGAACACUGCGCGAAUCAAUGGCCCAAGAGACCGUGCAACAGAUUCAACAGCUCACACAAUCUUGCUCCGAGCACAUGGUUCGAGUAGGGGUUCAGAGUCUCGAGAUCCAGAGGUAUCAGGAAGCUGAAGCGGUUGCGUGUCUAGAGAGAGAUACCCUGCAAGAACAACUCCGACAGGCCCAGGAAAAGAUCCACGAGCUCGAGCAAACAUUCGUCCUCCCAGCUGAAGAGGCAGAAGGUCCUCAAGGACCGCCGACUAACAUUGUUCCUUUUUCGGCUCUGGAAAGCCGGCUUUCGCCAAUGCGAGCCACCUCGCCCUAUGGGGACCCCGCAGACUUUGCCAUGCUCUUCAUGUCGGAUGAGCUUUUACUUUCAACUCCACAUCACAAGAUCAAAGAGGACAAGGAGUCCCCAAACCGUCAAGAUGAGGUUGUUCAAGACAGCCAAAAGGCAGUCGAUGUCCCUGAUCCAGCAAAGGUAUUCGAUAUUCCUCGGGACAUGGACCCGCCUCCACCACGAGCCAACAUGAAACGCAGAGCAGUCAAUUUUGCACCACCCCGAAAAGAUAGCACGGGGAGUAAAAAUAAGGAUGCCGUUGUUACUGGUACUCCUUGCACCGAGAUCCAGGGCUCCGCACAAGCCGGCAAAGAAACGGAGGAGCAAUCUGCUAAAGUCACAAAACAUAUCAACAAGAGGACUUACAGUCGUGUUCAUGCCUUGGGCGUCGAGGGUCAGCAGGAGGAACCAACGGUGUCAACUCGUGCUAUCGAGGGAGUACAGCGAGCUAGCCCAAAAGGUCUGGUAUCUGCGAGCAGCGCCAGGGAACCAAGUGGUCGGAUCAAUUCUCGUGGUCGCGGCAAGCGGCGUUCGCGAGGAGAUCGUUACAACGCCCGUUUCACUCGGGAAGGCUAUUAA